AUGCGGGCUUUCACGAUUCUUGUCCUCACAGCAAUAAAGCUGUUCGACAGUCAUGCUGUUCCAGCGUUUGCCUCUGUGGCUAUACCUAAAAGCCUUCAACAAACUUUUGAUGUUACCGAAGCAAGUAUAGAGCGGAACCUUCGAUCUGACAGGACAACCGACGAGGAGAUUGAGCAAGAAGAAAGGGGACCGCUCUCGACGUUUUUCAGCCUAUUUUUUUCGAGUAAAAAUAGAGCGCCGAUCAACGAAGACAUCCAGGUUGUGAGCAGAUUAGAUAGCAAACAAGCCAAACAAACAAUAAAACAGGCAUUUAAGGCUAAGGACUGGGAACAAGUAACUAAUGAGUGGCUGAACCAUAAGGAAUAUAAGGAAAUUAAUCCUGACAUGGUGUGGAGAGCGCUCGGUUUGAAAUCGUACAAGAAGCGAGGUCUUUAUCGAAAUUCUGGUUCUCCUUCGUCAGAAUUAUUAUUUUGGCACGGAUAUAGUAUCAGAUACAGCGCUAAAUAUCCGGAAUGGACGAGCAAUAUUUUGUGGAAACAGCGCACAGGCGAAGGAAAUUGGAGAAAGGCUCAUUUAGAUGACAAUGGUAGACCGAUUAUUAGAGCAGACGUCGCAAUUGCAGCCAACACUCAAGUAGGAAGGGUGCAGAGAAUCCAAGAUAGCAUUACAGUUGUACAAAAAUUGCUUUCUUGCUGUCUGCUUUGGUUAAUUUCUAAUACGUCAUCGUUGGCCCUGAAGAGGAUCAAAUUGAACCGCGACCGAGCAGGAUACUUUCUUACGACCGUGACCAGGCCGAGGAUCAAGCUACCCCCAGUAAAUACUCAAGAUGAUGAUAACAAGCCAAAACCACCACUCGUUGUGGAAAAUCUCAAGUUCACAGCUAACUAUGGGGACAAGGUGGUGCUUGUGGGUCGCAACAGUGCCGACAAGACAACGCUCAUGAGGCUUUUAAGCAAAAGUUUAACACCUAAUCAUGGCCAGUUUGGCAUUACUGGCAACACUGCUGUUUCGGUUCCGCUUCACGCACUUUCAGGGGGGCAAUUGGUCCGAGUUGGGCUGGCAUGGUCUACAUUGCCGAACCCACCGCAUGUGCUACUGUUAGAUGAACCUACCAACCAUUUGGACAUGGUUACUAUUGAAAUGCUGAGGAAGGCGCUGCGAAAGUACCAAGGUGCCGUGGUGAUAAUUUCGCAUGACUUGCAUUUUUUGGAUAUUCUCACAAACCGGAGCAAACAAGAAGAGGCUGACGAUGGCAUUACAAGAUGUGGUUGUGUACGUAUCGUUGAAGUGAUUAAGAAGAAAGGGCUAGUGUCCCUCUUACCACUUGAAGGAGUAGAAGCAUAUCGGGAAAAGGAGGAGCGUCGUAAUGCCUCGCUUGGUCGCAUGUAG